GAGUGAAAGGGAAAGGUAACGUGAGCGCGUACCACCAGCUACAUUGAAGAGGACAGGAACGCGCACGCAGCUCGUUCAGGGAGGGAGUGUGGAGAAACAACGGAUUUUAAUUACAACGGAAAAAAGGGACUAUGGGCCAGCGCUUCCAAAUCCGAAAUUAGACCGCGUUUUCAAAUGUAACCCGCUUGGAGAUCACUACAAGUCAACAAUUCAAAUGUGAAAAUUACGGUCUGAGAUGUCCCAGCAGCUUAUAACCAACCCUUGGGGAUGACCAGGCCUCCCCCCAGGGUGUGAUUAGGAUGGGGCCCGAUGUCCCCCUGCUAAAUGAGUACAAGCAGGAGUUCUUCUGGAAACGUUUCCCUCAGACAGUGCUGGGGGGGCCCCGCUUCAAGCUGGGCUACUGCGCCCCACCGUACAUCUACGUCAACCAGAUCAUCUUGUUCUUGACUCCAUGGGUGUUUGGCGGGGUGGGCACGCUGCUGUACCAGCUGCAGCUGCUGGAGGAUUACUAUGCGGCCGCGCUGUCCGGGGGGCUCAUGCUGGGGGCCGCCGUGGUGCUCCAGGCCCUGGCCGCGUGCGCCGUGCGGAAGACCGCCACGGUGCAGCGCCUCCACACCCCCAACAUCCUGGCCGACGAGGAGGAGGUGGAGUUCGCCAGCUGCACCAGCUCCGAGACCAUCAAGUUCAUCAUCCCCGGCAAGAAGUUUGUCUUGAACACGGUGCUCCACUCGGUGCUGGCCGGGACCCUGUGCGGGCUGGGGACCUGGUACCUGCUCCUCAAUCGGCUCACCGCCCUCUACGGCAACACGGGAGUGGCCGUGCUGAUCUUCGUCCUGAGCUGGGUGACGCUCUGCAUCGGGGAGUACUCGCUCAUCGUCAACACAGCGACCGAGACGGCCACCUUCCAGGCGCAGGACACCUACGAGAUCACGCCGCUCACCCGCCCACUCUACAUCUUCGCCUUUAUCGCCGUGGACCUCGCACAGAGAUUUGCAGGGCCGGUGCCUGAGCUGCAGCAGACGAACCAGGUGCUUCAUGUGCUGUUCCUGUUCCUGCCCCUGCUGUGGGCACUGGGCAUGCUCUCUCCCCUGGAUGCCCUCCUCCUCUGGGGCAUGGAGCAGGUGCUGGUGUUUGGACUCGGGGGCUCCCCCAUGUCAACUAAUGUCAGGCUGUUGGGGAUGUUUUCGGUAUCCGUGUGCGUGGCCGUUUCCAUCUUCUUCAUCCCGUCCACCUUGGGCGUGGUGCUCUUUACCGUCGCCAUGGGCUUCCUGCUCAGCCUUGACCUCAGCCAGGUGGGGGUGCAGCUGAGGUUGUGCGGGGCGCCGGGCAGCCGCUCGGAGCCUUCCCGCGCGCUGGGCUGGAGGCUGGGCGGGAAGGAGCUGCUGCUCUACCUCAGCCUGCUGCUGGCGGCCAUGGCCGAGGCGGGCCUCCUCCACCACUUCCUCCCCCCUACCCGAAACUGGACCACGGGCGCCCAGGCCGUGCUCAGCUACCUCCUCAUCGCCCUCUUCACUCUCAGCUGGGCCCUCAGGGAGAUGCAAGGCGUCUACCUUCUCGGGGGAGUCUUCCACAACCCGCUGUACCCCAAGGAGACGACCAGCGUGAGGGUGUUCAAGCAGCAGAGCCGGGGUCUCCAGGUGGCGGGGAUGGUCAGAAGAGUGCUGGUCAAUCUGGUUUCGCCGUUCGCCAUGAUUGCCUUCCUGGCUGUGGACGACUCUCUUCAGAGGCUGCACACUGCUUCUCUCUGCAUGGGCUUCAGCCGGGCUUUCAGAACGGUGUGGCAGAGCACGGAGGACUCGCUGCUGCAGAUGGCGGUGGUGGCGGUGGUGCGGCUGGCGGCCCGGGGCGUGCAGCUGCUGUGGUGGGACAGCCUGGGCACGGGGGUCCAGCUCCUGCUGGUGAGCCUGAUAAGCGACCGGCUGGAGCAGUUUGCCACCAAGCUGAAGUUUGCCCUGACGGUGCUGGUGACCUCCUGGACGGAGAAGAAGCAGCGGCGGCAGUCGGCGGGGCGGCUCCUGGCGCUCAACGGCGCCCUCUUCCCCCUGCUGCUGGCCGUGCUGGUGCUGUCGGCCGUGCUGUCGGCCCCCCUGCUGCCCCUCUUCACGCUGCCCGUCUUCCUGGUGGGCUUCCCCAGGCCCGAGCGCAGCUGGCCCGGCCCCGUGGGCACCGCCUGCUCCUGCCCGGACUCGGUGUACUACCAGCAGAUGAGCGGCAGCCUGGCCUGUGCCCUCAGCACCGCCCUCGCCAGGGGAGCGCUGGGUUCCCCCAAGCCGGGAUCACACUUCCUUGGCCGCAUCCAGGACCGGGUUGUGUGGAUCCUGGUCCUGGAGAGAGGUUUCGGCUACUACUGUCUGAACAUCAAGGGUUUGGAGCUGCAGGAGACCUCGUGCCACACUGCGGAGGCGCGGCGCGUGGACGAGGUGUUCGAGGGGGCGUUCGAGUCCCCCGAGGGGCUGGGCCGCGGGACGGGCGUCAACCUGCACUGGGGCAACGUCCUGACGCCGUGCGCGGCCCUGCCCGUGCGCGUGUACUCGGACGCCCGCAGCGUGCUGACGGGCAUCAUCGACUCGCACGACAACCUGCGCCAGCUCCGCGACGACUUCCCGAAGGUGCUGGUGUGGGUCCUGCUGCGGCACUGCGUCGGGCGCCGCCGGGCCUUCGCGGGAAGCGCGGGGGACGAGGGCAGGAGGUCGCGCGGCGCGCGGACGCAGCCCAACGCGGCGGCCUCCAGGCCCCCCUCGCUGAAGCCGCGGCGGGAGAGCCCCAGCCUGAACUCCUUCAGCGACUGGUCGGACGAGGACGACCUGUUCGGCCCCCGGCCCGCCCGGCGGACGGCGGCCCAGGUGAACGCAGGGCCCCCGGCCCCCGGGACGGCGCCGCACACGGGGCCCUCCCUGCCCGGCUCGGUGGAGAUGGACAGCCUGUUCGGGGACGUGGCCCUGUCGGCCCUCAGGCCCCUGCAGCCCCUGGGCCUGGGGCUCCCGGCGGCGGACAGGGGCCGGGGGCCCGAGGGCCCCGGUUUCCCCGGGGCCGCCCUGCCCCGCCCGGACUUCAGCUCGCGCCACUCGGAGCUGCUGGGCCUGCCCUCAGGGUGGCGCAGCGCCCCCUUGCCCGCGCCGCGCCUGCGCCAGGCCAGGCACUUCUUCCCGGAGGAGUGGUUCCGUUUCGCGCUGGGGCGGCUGGAGCUGGCCGGGCCGGGCGAGAGCCCCCUGGAGGUGGCGGAGGCCUUGCAGGGGGACCAGGCGCUGAGGGACCUGCACGCCCAGGUGGCCCUCAGCUGCUUCAUCGCCAUGGGGGCGGAGUCCAGCGUCACCAGCCCCAGCUACGUGUACAGGGUGUACUGCGGCGACGUGCCCUGGACCGAGGGCUUGGAUUGGCUCACCUCCAACGCUGAGCUCUUCCAGCUCACGCUCAAGGCUUUCAGGUACAGUUUUAAGCUGCUGUUUGACCAGGCCAGCCUGGGGCCGGUGGAGAGCCCGGAGGAGCUGCUAAGCACCCUGGAGGACUACGAGCGGGACUGGUACAUCGGUCUGGUGUCCGAAAGGGGCUGGCAGGAGGCCGUCCUGCAGGAGAAGCCUUACCUCUUCUCCCUGGGACACGAUCUCACCAUGGGCACCUACACGGGCCGCAUGCUGACCCUGCAGGAGAUGCUGGUGCAGGUGGGCCACCUCAACCGGGAGGGGGUGCGCGGCCAGUGGGCCAACCUGUCCUGGGAGCUGCUGUACGCCACCAACGACGACGAGGAGCGCUACAGCAUCCAGGCGCACCCCGUCCUGCUGCGCAACCUGACCGUGCAGGCCGCCGACCCCCCGCUGGGCUACCCCAUCUACUCGUCCGCCCCGCUGCACCUGCCCUGCCUCUGACCCCCCCCACGCCCACGCACAGCUAGACCAGCCAUCCGCCAGACCAGCCACUGAGGUUCCCCCGCUGCAUUGACUGGCAGCGGUGGUGGCGGCGGACCACCUGGUUUGUUAGACCUAUCGCCCAUACUGAGGUGUAGUCCGAAAAUGUGGAGAGGUAGCCGACGUCUCUGUUUUGAAGAAGUGCGGUCACCUCGUGGGCACUCUACAGUGCUCAUCAUCAGUUUGGAGGCCUUGGAGCAGCUGGGGAGAGCACACGUUCAUAUCUGUAAAAGAUGCACCCUGAGUACUGUUUUUUUGCCCUCUUAUUCAACAUAAAACCUCCACAGCUUGAGUCAUAACAAAAUAUGUCUGCCCUCUCUCCACACCAUUUCAGGAAAUGGGUGUACUCAAAGUUUCACAGAACUAUCUGACGACAAACACGCGUUUGGUUUGCAUUGCUUCAUCAUUUAAUGGUAAAGUUUUUGGUAUUGCACGUUUCACAGCUGGAUGGGAACAGCAUCAAAAACCUAAUAUGCUGUGGAUUCAGUUUUUGUUCCAAAUCGAUCACUUUACAUUUCCAUCCAUUAUGAAAGUGCAGAUCACGUUUGUCUUCACAUGGCAAUAUAAAGCAUUGCUUUGUUAAUUGUGGCAGACCCGGUGAUAUACUUGAAGGAAUGACAGUCACUAAUGAAAGGUCAAAUGAAAUGUAUUCAUUCCUCAUACAUUACAAAGCUUAUACCUGCUACGAAACACAAAAAAUACCUGAUGUUGUAAAGCAUAGGGCAGCACUUUAAUAAUACACAACAAUUUACAGUAAGUCUGGAAAAUGUGUGUCCUUGAAGUGAAAAAUAAUUUUAGGGGCAGUUGUAGUUGUUAUUCACAAGGUCAGUUGGCUAGCUGAGUUCAAGAAUGUACAUUUUUAUUUUGGAAUGUGUUUGGUGGCAACUCACAAUUGAAUGUUAUGUAAGGAAAAAAUGCAGCUCAUGUAAUAAUGCGCUUAAACUGCUCUGCAUUUUUACAAAGCACCGCAGCGGUCAGACGGAAUACUACCUGCCUUCCUAGAAUGCACUGCAAGCAGGUUCUCGCUUUGUCAUCGGUGAAGAUAGCUGAAGGAUAUACUCGCACGCACGCCUGAAAGCAUGAACUGCCUGGUCAUCAAUCUGGUUUCUGAUUUUAGCCCAUUUUGUUCACAGGACCUCGGGCCCAUGCCUCUCGGCAUAUUAGCCAAUAUAAAUGAAUGUGCACAUAAAUAUUUUGAGGGGGGACUGCUCCACAGAUCUGCCCAUUAGCUCUGGCCCUGGUAUAGCCGGGCUGAUGAUGAUGGUGAAAUCUCAGCGCACGACGCACUAAACGAUACACCGUGGGGCCAUCUCAUAUCAACACAGUCCGCACAGUGCUUCCAGUUCCUUGUUUUUUCUACUGCACUUAUGUUUGAUCCCUUGGACCAUUGAAGUUUGUGUUCUCAAACCAAAAGGGAAAAAGGCAUCACUUUUUAUAAACCGCUUAUAUUAAGGAUGUGCCUUGUUUUUUGUUACUGGAAUCAGUAAUAUGGUCGGUAAUCAUUUUGUAGACCAGUUUACAAUAUUCUUCCUUCGACAAGAAAAAUGACUGCAGAUCUGUGCAGUUUGCAGAUGUGGAUUUCCUGUAAAAAUGUGUUUUAAAUGUUUAUUUUUAAGCUGUGGUUAUUGUACAGUAUGUAUUUGUACAUAAAUGUAAUUAUAUAAUUUUACAGCGAUUACCAAGAAUUUUCUGUUUAUUUGUGCAGAAUUGCAAAUGAGCAGCAGGUUCUUCCAAAUACAAAUUUUCUUUCUGA